GUGAACGCCCAAUCCUGAUCUUGUCAUUGCAUAAUCUCCAUAAUUCCAUCAACGGGGGAAUCUAAGUUCCAAUCUGACCAUCUUUUUUCUUCAAUAAACGAAUCAAUUCCAGUCAGUUCGAUUCCAGCCUUAACCAUAGUCACAUCAACAUGGGUCCAGUUUCAGGAACAGAAAUGUCCACCGAUAAAGACGGUCACAGAAUUGAGGGAUCCUUCGUGGUCAAAUCGGGCUUGGCCCAAAUGUCCAAGGGUGGACUAAUCAUGGAUGUGGUCAACGCAGAGCAAGCCAAGAUUGCAGAAGAGGCCGGGGCGUGUGCUGUGAUGGCUUUGGAAAGGGUUCCGGCGGAUAUUCGUCGCGAUGGGGGCGUGUCUAGGAUGUCUGAUCCGAAACUAAUCAAGGAAAUUAUGGCUGCGGUCACCAUUCCGGUGUUCGCCAAAGUGAGGAUUGGUCAUUUUGCCGAGGCUCAAAUCUUGGAGGCGUUGGGGGUUGAUAUGAUUGACGAGUCAGAGGUCUUGACACCGGCUGAUGAUGAACACCACGUCGAUAAGCGAGCUUUCAAAGUGCCGUUUGUUUGCGGAGCUCGUAACUUGGGAGAGGCUCUGAGAAGAAUCGCCGAAGGAGCAGCCAUGAUUAGGACCAAGGGAGAAGCUGGAACAGGAAACGUGGUCAAUGCUGUUCAUCAUGCUCGGACCAUCAAUCGUGAGAUUCGUUUGGCUCAGUCCAUGGAUGAUUCCGAGCUUUUCUCCUAUGCCAAGCAAAUUCAAGUCCCCGUGGAUUUGCUCCGUGAGGCCGCCAAGAUAGGCCGUCUACCCGUGGUAAACUUUGCGGCUGGCGGUUUAGCCACCCCCGCGGAUGUGAGCCUUCUCAUGCAAUUAGGAGUUGAUGGAGUCUUCGUUGGAUCAGGGAUCUUCAAGAGCAAUUGUCCAAAGAAGCGUGCUCACGCCAUGGUUCAAUCCGUGACCCAUUACAAGAACAAGGAGAAGCUGGCCGAGUUAAGCGAGGAUUUGGGUGAACCAAUGGUGGGCAUUAAUUGCGACCAGUUGGCCGAGAAAUGGGAGGGCCGAGAGAGCGAAAUGAAGUAAGCUCGGUGUUCUUCCGCUUCCACAUCAUCAUCAUCGCUCAGAGUUGCUUCCUUCUUUCGCUCUUUCGUUUCUUCCCAUGUUGAGAAGGGUGGAUCUCUCUCUGGGUCCCUUUACUUACGGAUCGAAAUGAACGGGCGAGAAGAAACACGUGUUUGCUUAAGAUCGGCAUUUAUUUACUUGCUUCCAUCUGGUGGACAUACACAUGCACUCGCACUCACACAUGUACAAUAAUGAAUAAUUUGUUUCUUUCAGUACACAAGAAUUACACCUGAUGAUGCACA